AUGGAAGCUCGAAGAUUUAAGCCCAAUCUGCUGAUAACAGGUACCCCGGGAUGUGGUAAAUCCACCACCUGCGAAUUGCUGCAAAGGAGACUGCCCGAGUACAAAUACUACAAUAUUUCAGAUUUCGCCAAAGAACACGACUGCCACGACGGGUAUGAUGAGGCCCGCAAGUCGUACAUUGUGGACGAGGACCGUCUACUUGACGAAUUGGAGCCACUGCUGCGUCAGGGUGCCAGUAUUGUGGACUGGCAUGUCAACGAUGUGUUUCCCGAGAGACUCAUCGACCUGGUCGUCGUGCUGAGGUGCGACAACGCUAUCCUAUACGAUAGACUGAAGAGUAGAGGAUACCAUGACUCCAAGAUCGAAGAGAACCUGGAUGCGGAAAUAAUGGGCGUGGUCCUGCAAGAUGCCCUGGACUCCUACGAGCACGAGAUCGUGGUGGAACUACGGAGCGACACCACUGAGCAGAUGGAGGCCAACGUCGAUCGCAUUGUCUCCUGGGUGCAGUUGUGGUUGAAACAGCAUAAAGAAGGUGUCACAAACGAACUCGAGCGACAGGCUGACGGACAUGGUGCCGACGACGGCGAGCAAGACAGCGAGCAAGACAGCGACGACAGCUCUUUCGGACACUCUGUCGCAGACGAGCAAGAUGAUUAG